UGUCACGAUAUAAGGAUGAGCAGUAACUCGGACGUUCCGCGGGACGUUGUCCUUCUUCUCAGAGAUGCAGAGACUGUUCUGUCUGAAUUUCUUCAGUAUGAGAAUGUGAGCACCAGAGCAAGAGAACUCGGAGAGGAAAUACUGCGUGGUUUUAGGCUGGUUCGAAAUAGGUAUGGAGUUCAGUUUUGGAAAGGUGGCGAUGCUAAUGCUGCAGCAACAGGACAAGACAGUUAUGAUGAUAACCAAAGCCUGAGCCAUGGGACUUCCUUGGCAUCUGAUGAAGUCUCACUUGCAUCGGACUAUGUGGAUGAUGAUUAUGAAGAUACAGAAGAACCUGAAAAACUUUUGAAGCAAGGUUACCUGGAGAAAAGAAACAAAGACCAUGGUUUAUUUGGGUCAGAAUGGCGGAAGAAGUGGUGUGUCCUCACCAACAUGAGCUUUUGUUACUAUUCCAGUGAGAAGGGAAAGGUUCCUAAAGGGGGCUUCUUGAUAAAAAAUUGCAGUUCUAAACUGGUUCCGAACAUCCGCAAAGACUCGCGUAGAGAUUCCUGCUUUGAGCUUGUAUCUCCGGGUAGUCGCAGCUAUCAGUUCACAGCUGCCAGCCCAGCAGAGGCCAGAGACUGGGUUGACCAAAUACAGUUCUUGGUGAAAGACAUCCAGUCAACAUCUAUACCAUGUGAAGAUGAUGAGGAGUCCUAUGAUGAUGUGGACAGCCUGAAUAGUUCUUCAAUGGGACAGCGCCCAAGUCUGGACAGAGCAAAUAGCCCAAUAGAGGAUGAUGAUAUCUAUGAGGUGGUUCCAGGCGAUGAAGAGACAGACUAUGAUUCUUCAAAUCUAGAAGGUGGAUCUAUAAUUAAUUAUGCAGAUUAUUACCAGGGACUCUGGGAUUGCACGAGUGACAAGAGUGAUGAGCUGUCAUUUCAGCGUGGAGACAUCAUCCGUAUUUUGAGCAAGGAGUACAAUGCCUAUGGCUGGUGGGUUGGAGAGUUAGAUGGUAUUGUCGGUAUCGUGCCCAAGGAUUAUCUACAAGGUGCAUAUGAACUCAGAAGUCUCUGAAGCGGCAAUUGUUCAAA